AUGAGGCCAGCAUUCCCUCUUCAUUUCUUCGCCACACAAAGGUGCAAUCAAUACUUUGCGUCAACAAAGAUACCUUCUGUUGCAUCAACGAGUACCCAUUUCUUCUAUCACCCUUCAACAACUCUCAAAUUCAUUUAUCAAAGGUUCACUGCAGGCACUGUUACCGACAAACUCACUCGGUCUCGCCACCCAAUAAACUACUUCGCAAUACGAAACUACGUUGCUGCAAAGCAACAGAAAAGAAAAAUGGGUCCGAAGAAAGCCGUCAAGGAAGAGAAAAUACUACUUGGGAGGCCUGGAAACAACCUAAAGAGCGGGAUUGUUGGUCUUGCGAAUGUUGGUAAGUCAACACUUUUCCAGGCUAUAACCAAAUGUCACCUCGGUAACCCAGCAAACUUCCCUUUUGCUACCAUCGACCCUGAAGAGUCAAGAGUCAUCGUUCCAGAUGAAAGAUUUGACUGGCUCUGCGAGAAAUACCAACCAAAAUCAAAAGUCCCAGCACACCUCACAAUAUAUGAUAUCGCUGGUCUCACACGUGGUGCUUCAACCGGUGCUGGACUUGGAAACGCGUUUUUAUCACAUAUUCGCGCUGUUGACGCGAUUUUUCAAGUUGUUCGAUGCUUUGAUGACGCUGAAAUCAUCCACAUCGAAGGUGAUGUCAACCCGGUCAGAGAUUUGGAUAUUAUCAGCGAAGAACUUCGGAUAAAAGAUAUUGAGUUCACAGAAAAAGCACUCGAAAAUAUUAAGAAACAGACAAGACGUGGAGGGCAAAGCCUUGAGAUGAAGAAGUUACUUGAGGAACAAGCUUGCAUUGAAAAAGUCCUUGCGCUACUCAAUGGUGGUGGUGACGUCCGAAAAGGUGACUGGACCGGCAAAGAGGUCGAGUUCAUCAACCCGCUUUUCCUUCUAACGGCAAAGCCCGUCGUUUAUUUGAUUAAUCUGAGUGAAAAAGAUUACAUCCGAAAGAAGAAUAAACAUCUUGCAAAAGUAAUGGAGUGGAUCAAAGCACACGCCUCUGGUGACCCCAUCAUACCAAUAUCUAUUUGUCUCGAAGAGCGUCUCACUCAGUUUGAAACUGAAAAGGAGGCUGCUGAUGAGCUCAAGAACCUUGGUGUGGAUUCUGCCCUUCCAAAGAUAAUAACAGCCAUGCGCAAGGUUCUGAAUUUAGGAAGCUUCUUCACCACUGGUCCGGAUGAGGUACGACAAUGGACAAUCCGUAAUGGAACCAAAGCACCGCAAGCCGCGGGAGUUAUACACGGAGACUUUGAAAAAACUUUCAUUCAGGCUAUCGUUUAUAACUACUCAGUUUUGAAAGAACUUGGAGAUGAAGGCGAGGUCAAAGCAAAGGGUAAAGUCUUAACCAAGGGGAAGGAUUACGUCGUCGAGGACGGCGAUAUACUACUAAUUAAGGCUGGCGCUGCGAAAGGAUAA